AUGCGCCUGUUAAGGUUGCUAGGCGACGCUCGGGCCUGGCUACGGUUUCGGCCUGAGACCCCGCUAAUCCCUGCCCUGUCGCGGUCUCUCCGUGCGGAGUCGGUGUCUCAGGAUGUGGUUUUGUUCCGGUACCACCGUCCCCGCUUUUUCCGCCUUCUCGGGCUGUUCUGCGGGGCUCAGGUCGGGUUCUGGGCCUACCUGGCACAUUUCGGGUUCACCGAGCUGAGAGACACCCGAGAGAAGAGUUCGGGGCAACAGCAGGACGGGCAGAAGAGGAAUUUAGGGUCUCCGCUAUGGAGGGCAGGGUUUACCUUUAGCUGCCUGACAGUGGGUGAGUGCAAGAGGAAAUAAUCACAAGAAUGAUAGAUUGACACAGCAGAUACUAUACUACAUUUCCCCUACACAUAUAUAUAUAUAUAUUUGGGAUAUCUGUAUCAUUAAUAAUUGGGGAGAGACUUCUGAAUUGUAUAUUCUUACUGUACUACCAGAUGUCAAAAUUAUUACUAUAUCUAUUGAGAUGUGGCUUCUUCUACAAAAUUAUCUGUACAUUGUCAGAAAUUAAAAAUGUAGAUAAAAUUUGUAUUUUAGUGCCAAGCAAUAUGUGUUUAUAUAUAUAUAUAUAUAUAUAUAUAUAUAUAUAUAUAUAUAUAUAGUAAUUCUGGGUCAGUGUUCCAUGACUGGAGCAUUCCAAAGUGAACAUUCCAUUUGUUUCCAUGGUGACUACUCCACUCAUCUCAUUAAAUAAAUUUUUGUUCUUAAUGGCAGGAGUAUAAAUGAUUGAAAGCAUUCACUUGGAAUACUAAUAAUACUUUUAGUUUAGUCGCAUUACAAAGAAAUGCAGAUUGUAAUAAUAUUAUACUUAAAGGGCAGCUAAAGUGCCCAAUACAAUUUUUGUUCUUUAAAAAUAGGAUUAAAUUUCAGAUUGUUAGUAGAACCUGUUUAAAAAUGGGGUUUUCUCCCACCUGUCAAUUCUGUGGCAUACUACUCUAUAGAAGGUCCUAUUUUCCAGCCAGCAACCGCAGCACGUGUACUGUGGUUGCUAUGGAAACUCCCUAGCCAUAGGUACUGAGUGACUUGAUAUCUCUAUUGUCAAAUGCUGGCAAUGAAGUCACCAUGUUGGUGUAACUCUAAAGAGCACAGGAAGACCAGAGAGCAGCAGAGGAGGAUCUCUAACAAGUGCGGGCAGGGCCAUGGAAGUCAAGGUAAGUGGUUACAGGUCCACUUUAAUUAGCUUUGCUGUUGUCUUAACUGGGGAGAGCCAGCAGUGAAGUGCUGUACUGGCACAGCCAACCAUUACCAGUGUGUAUGGGGAAGAGGCCAGAUGAUGAUGUUAAAAACUACAAAACCUUGUAUUCUUUUUCAUCCAAAUUACAUAGAAUUGAAAAAAGAGAGAAACAGCAGAUUUUCUUGGUGCCAGUGGUUGCACAGUGGCUACAUAUUGCAGUUUUUCAAUAAAUAUCCAAAUCCUGUACUUGGUGUGGGAUUUUAAUCCCCACCCCCCUUCCCAAAACUGAUUUUUUUCCAAGUUAGAUUGGCACAAUUUGCCUCUGAGUUACUGUUAUGUCUGAUGUAAAUUCUGGGAAAAUAAGGGAUAUUGCCAACAUUUUGCUAAUCCGCAGUGCAUUAUUACUUUAGCGUGAGUUAUAGUAAGAGGAAAAAAAUUAAACGUUUAAGACAAAUUGGAAGAUUUCUCAAUGCCUGCUCUAGUUGCAGUUUAGCUAUUUUAGCUUCAGUUAAACUCAUCGCGAAGCUGUGAGUAAAAGUAUUUCUUGGAAUUGGAAAAAUUUCAGUUGUCUUUGAUUUCAUAGAAAUCAUAUUGACCCCCAAAAAAUGUAAAAAAAAUAAUAAAUUGGGUUCAUUUUGACAUUACAAAUCCUUUUUUAUUUCUUUAUAAUUUGUGUAUUCUCGUAAUGCAACACACUACAAAUAUUGCAGCAUGCAUUUUAUAGAGGUUGUUGCACUGAAAGAACCUUAUUAUCUGUACUAUUAUUUCCAUUAAAGUGCAGGGUCACAUUGAGUUAGACGAGGGAUCUAAACUCCCCCAGUUGUCAAUGGCCUUCCAGAAUUAUUUGAAUGCAGUAGAUGGCCAAAAGGGUCAUGGGAGUUGUAAAUCAGUAACAGCUAGGAAACCAAAGUUUGAGAUGCCUGAUGUAGACUGUUUUUCCCACUAAUCAACAAUUCUUUUUCAUUCAAUAGGUGGACUUAUAAUGGCAGCCGGCUUGUUGUUUUCUCGGCGUUCUGUCAGUGCUGUCACCCUUCAUCGUGGAGGAGAGAAGGUAACCCUUGUCACUGCUGGUGUGUUUGGUCUUGGUUCAUCUUUUACUGUGCCUUUGCGUCACAUCUCUUCAAUGGCUCAUCGAUCUGAGGUCCCAGCUAUGAUACCGCUCAAGGUCAAGGGAAGGCCACUGUACUUCUUGCUGGACAAACAAGGACAAGUGUCCAAUGCCAAGCUGUUUGAUUUGACAGUAGGGGCCUACCGGAAAUUGUGA